UAGAAGCCGGCCAUAGAAGUGAUGAUAGACGAAAGCAGCGUAUUGUUUCUGAAGAAUCAAACAGUUCCGAGAGAUCUGUACGAAGAGGUCUUCACAGAGUGCGGGUUCCUGACACAGUUUAUCCCGCUGCUCGAACACAUUCACGCUGAGAGUUCCUUCAUAACGUCUUAUCUGACGUCAGACGAGUUCAUAAAGGAAACAGAUGCGUUGAUCAUCACCUCACAGAGAGCCGUUGAGGCAUUGUCAGAUGCUAUGGAGAAGAUAUCGCAGGAGCAGAGAUCCAGAAUCCUCUCGAAAAAGGCGUUUACUGUUGGUCCAGCGACUCAGAAAGUCCUCGAGGCUCUGGGCUUCACAAAGCUGGGAGGAGGCGAUAACGCUGGUAACGGUGCGAUCCUAUCAGAGAUCAUCCUCAAAGACUUGGAACCACAUCAAAAGGUGACGUUCUUCACAGGUGAGACGAGGCGUGAUAUUAUCCCACGUAAAUUGCUUUCAAAGGGUUACAACUUGAAAGAAGUUGUUAUCUACAGAACAGUUGAAAAACCACAAAUCGUGGAAAGGUUUACACAGGCGUUCAACCAGCUCCAUCCUAAAUGGAUAAUCUUCUUCAGUCCUCAAGGUACCCAGGAUAUCGUUGAGUUCCUGAAGGUGUCUCCUCUUCGAGACGCUUUCAAAAUUGCAUCUAUCGGUCCAACAACAGAAACCUACCUCUUAGACAAUGGAAUCAAACCAAACCUUGUCUCGGAAAAGCCUGAAGCAUCUUCUUUGUUAAUGGGCAUAAAAUCAUUUAGUGUAGAGUCUAUACAAUAGAAGAACUCUCAGAACUUAUACAUCAUUUUCAGAGAUAACAUAGAUAGUUUCACUC